AUGGCAAAUGGAUUCGACUACCUGGAGUUCGCAACCUGUGCCAGAUACGGUGAUUUAGAAGAAAUGAAGGAGAAUAUUCGAGCUUCAUUUGAGGAAACUAAUGCUGCAACUCUGAGGAGCAUCUUCACCUAUAAAGUACCACCAUCAAACUCAACGGCACUGCAUAUGGCAUCUGCAAACAAUCAUAUCGAUAUCGUAAAGUACUUGCUCGAGCAUCUGACAAACGGGGACGUAAACCUCCAGAACGAUGACGGAGCUACGGCCUUACAUUGGGCUUCUUUGAAUGGUCAUAAGCAGGUCGUGUCUUUGCUACUGAAGGCUGGUGCCGAUGCGACUAUAAAGAACAAUGCCGGAAGGAGUAGUUUGACAAUGAGCGAGCAGCAGGGGCACUUGGAAGUCUCGCAACUGCUAUUAGAUUCAUUUGAACCUGAUGCAGAUAGUAUACAGGAAACAGAUGAGGACGUGUCUGUUGAUGAUGUCGAGAGUGGUGUCAAAGACAUGAAGGUGUCUUCGGACGACACAAUCGCUGAUUCAACCUCUGAAGAUGUUGGUCGAUAA